GGUAGGAGAAGGAGGAACCAGAAAUCUUCGUUCAUUUACUUAACAUCACUUCCCCACCGCCGGGAAGGCAAACACGCUCCUGAAGCUGCAGAGGAAGAGAAGUGAGAUCGAUGUGAGUGAGUGUCUGCAGAAAGCUGUCACCUGUCAGCACCUGGAGCCUCUCGACCGAAAAGCUUGUGCUUCUUCUUCUUCUUCUUCCUCUCAGGAACUGCGAGUCAACAGGAGCUGAUUUGCCGGGACACUUGGCGAAAAAGUCUGCAGAGUCUCUUCUGGGCAUGGAGACACAACUGCUCUGACUGAUAAUCGGAUUUCUUUUUCUACAUCUACUUCUUUCUGAACAAUGGAGAGUUGACGGCUUGAGAGGAACCUGACUAACAGCAGUGUGACAGGAUAAAGAGGAUAAAGCUCUCUCUUCAGAGGCAGGGCUUCUUAUUAUCUAUUUCAAACAAUCAAACCUACCACAGCUGACGGGGAAAAGUGUCAUGGCUGCAUAUGGACAGACUCAGUAUAGCCCCGCCCUCCAGCCUGCAGGACCAUACACACCUUACACUCACCACACGCAGGGCUACAGCAUGCCAUCUUACAACAUUAAAACAGAGGACGGCCUGAGCCACUCUCCAGGACAGACGGGACUACUGAGCUACUCAAACUUCAGCAGCACUCCUCCCAGUCAAAGUCUCUACAGCUACUCACACACACACGGUGGUGGCAUUUCAUCUGGAAUUUUUCAAGGCACCCAUGCAAUCUCCAGUUCAACCCCCUUCAACCCUACCCAACAAGAGUUUUCAUCGUACUCAAGCUACAGUCAGAGUCAGUACUCUCCAUAUUAUAACUCACAUCACUACAACAGCCCCUACCUAACCAGCAGCAACAUCAGCCCUGCUGCCAUCACAGCUCCAUUAACCUAUCAGCACCCAGAACACCCCGUCAUGAUGCCCAAUCACAGCCCAGAGUCACAUACAGGAGAGUACCACCCGCCGCCCAGUCCCCCCACACCAGGUAAAGAGGAGGGGGUCCCAGCACGAAGGGGGUCAGACGGGAAGUUGAGGGGGAGGAAAAGAGUCAGUGACCCCGCUCCACCUCUGGAUUCUGAUAUAGAGCGGGUGUUUAUCUGGGACCUGGAUGAAACCAUCAUCAUUUUCCAUUCGCUCCUCACGGGAACCUUCUCCUCACGAUUUGGCAAGGACUCCUCGAAGGCAGUGUCUCUUGGUUUGUGGAUGGAGGAGAUGAUCUUCAAUCUUGCCGACUCGAGACUCUUCUUCAAUGACCUUGAGGAAUGUGACCAGGUUCAUAUUGAUGACGUGGCAUCAGAUGACAAUGGACAGGACCUGAGCACUUACAACUUUGGGACGGACGGCUUCCAGAGCCCAGCGGGGGCCGGCUCUCUGUGCCUGGGGUCAGGGGUCCACGGAGGGGUGGACUGGAUGAGGAAACUGGCUUUCCGAUACCGUAGAGUCAAGGAGAUUUACAGCACAUACAAGAAUAAUGUUGGGGGUUUGCUGGGCAGCCCCAAGCGGGAGGAGUGGUUACAGCUGAGGAGAGAGAUGGAGGUCCUGACUGACCUUUGGCUGACUCAAGCACUCAAGGCCCUGGCACUCAUCAACUCGAGGCCCAACUGUGUGAAUGUACUGGUGACCACCACCCAGCUCAUCCCAGCACUCUCCAAGGUGCUACUGUACGGCCUCGGCUCAGCCUUCCCCAUAGAGAACAUAUACAGCGCCACCAAGACAGGCAAAGAAAGCUGUUUUGAGCGUGUCUCUCAGAGGUUUGGCCGGAGAGCAGUGUAUGUGGUGAUAGGAGAUGGAGCCGAAGAAGAGACCGUGGCCAAGAAGAAGAACAUGCCGUUCUGGAGGGUGUCCUGUCGGGCCGACCUAGAGGCUCUGAGCCAUGCACUGGAGCUGGACUACCUCUAGAGGGCGCCUGCUGUCACGCUCUGCUCUUCCACCAAAUUAUGAGAAGCUCCUGAACUCGUUGAGUGCAGCUAUAGAGGGUGAAGGUGCCCCUAGAGACUGAUUCAGAGUCAGUAUCGCUAUUUCAAGUGAGCAACUAGGCGGACAAUUUCACACACCAAGCCAGAGGAACUGUGAGGAUUUCGAAGCAAAGCUGCAGUAUAUCUAUGACACAUAAACAUGAAGCCAAAAGUGCUGGACCAAAAUUAAAGACUGAAGUAAAAAAAAAAAGGGACCAAAGCGUCAUAACUAACCCCAGGGAACUAUGGUUAAUACUGCAAAUACUUUUUUUAACUCAUUUUUUAAAAUUUAUUUCAUCUCAACUUUAUGGUGUCCCACUUUUGUACGUGAAAAAGUGUUGCACUGAAUGCAAAACCUUACAUCCUGUUUAAUGAACACAGUGAGUACGUCUGCAUGGAUAACAAAGCUCACAUUGUUGUUAGAUUGUUUGUUCUGCUGUGUUGUUUUUUUUAUUUGUUGUGAGACCAAACACAUUUUUUGCUGACCAAAAAGAAAAUUAGAAACAAACUUAAAAGUUGUGAUGUUACUCGGGAUAGAUUUGAUAGAACUGUUUUAUUCAUAUGUCAGCUAGAUGAAUGUCAAAUAUCAUUCUUCUCAUAGUUAGAGGCUAUUCAAAAUAGUCUGAUUGUAUUUUACCAUAAGAAUGUGAGCUAUUUAUUGUUGGUUAAAUUCUACAACAAAAUGAGGUAUACACAGUUUGGGAGCUCGCCAUAAUACAAUCCCCUUCAAAGACCAAAAAUAUGCUCUUGUAAACAUGUUUUAUUAAGAAGUUGUCUUGAAGAUGCUGCGUUUUAGGCUGGGGCUUCAAUCCGUAUUGAUUCUGGGUUGUAUAUGUUUGUAUGUUUUGUUUUAAUUCUCCUUCUUUUCUGUCCUUGGUUAAUUUCCUAAUAACCUGUUUGUAAUAUAGAUGAACUGGUAUGGUUGUGCAUGUGCCUAUUCCACUGCCUGUCAGCUUAGCUAUUAUUUGUAUAUAAUGCUUUAUUGUGGAUUUGUUUUUGACAGACAGUUAAAAUAGAUUAAUAAAGAUAAAUUAAUUGUAUUGUGGGGAAAGGUGAGUCGAGUUUCAUUUAAUUUCGCACAUUUGUAUGAAACAAA